AUGGAAGAAAAGGAAAUCAGGGAGUAUUUCUGUAAAAUCAUAAAACAAAAUGAAGAUAUAUCUGUUGGAGUCGCUGCCAUUAAAACCCUCAUGGAAAUAAUAAGAAAAUCUGAAACAUCUACUAUUCAGGGUUUGGACGAAAACCUCAAACAAGCUAUUAUUAUAAUGAAGAACUCUAAUUAUCCUGUAGCUGCAAUUAAUUCUGGUUGUGAAUUAUUCAGAAGAUUCAUCACUCUUGCUCGAUUGGAUACAAGUACCAUUGAAGAAUGUAAAGAAAUAUUGUUGAAUAGAGGCAAUAUAUUUAUCGAUAAGUUGAGUAAAUCUAGAGAUAAAAUAGUGGCAUUGUCACAAGAUUUCAUUAAGGACAAUAAUAAAAUAUUAACUCAUUCAAGAUCAAGAGUGGUGUUACAGGCUUUCAGAAAUGCAGCUAAACGCAAUAUACAGUUUGAAGUAUUCGUUACAAUAUCCGAACCUGAUAAAGCGGGUCUCAAAUUAUGCAAAGAGUUGGAAGAGGAUGGCAUUCCAUGUGUACCAAUUUUGGAUUCUGCGGUUGCUUACACUAUGGAACAAGUAGAUUUUGUAAUGGUUGGAGCAGAGUGUGUAGCUGAGAGUGGAGGAAUUGUUAAUAAAGUCGGAACGUUCAACAUGGCUAUUUGUGCAAAAGAAUUGAAGAAACGCUUUUAUGUAUUGGUUGAAAGCUUUAAAUUUUCCAGGAUCUUCCCUUUGAACAACAGAGAUAUACCUAAUGAGUACAAAUAUAUAAAUCCUGAUAGUAUUACAGAUAUGAAAAGAACUCAUCCUUUGGUUGAUUAUACUCCACCAUCUUUUAUUAAUUUAUUAUUUACAGAUUUGGGAAUAUUAACUACAUCAGGUGUCAGUGAUGAGCUCAUAAGACUUUAUUUAUAAUUGUUUCUAGAAAGCCCUUUUACACACUUGCAAAAUUUAAUAUUUGUUUUUGUUAUUCUGAUAUAUGUCUAAAUAAUUAAAUGAAUUAUAAUAUUUACAUUUUUUGAAUUGUUAUUAAUAGAUAAUUCAAAUUUAUACCAUUACAUAAACUUUUUAUGACUUUUAGAAUAUUAGUUUAUCUAAGAUUUGGACUAUUCAAAUUUUCAUCUCGGAACUUGAGGUAGGAUCUUUCUUCAAUAGGUUAUAUAUAAAGCAAAAUUUUACCCAUCUGUUUUGUUCCAGGACUCUACUGAAGUUUCCGAUUGAUUCUUAAAAUUUUCAUUUUUGUAGCAAACUUGAUACUUUUCAUUUGUAUUCUUUUUAUAAUAAACAGUUGAUUCUU